UUUGAAGUUGAAACUUGCUGCUGAAGAUGGCAGACCCAGAUGUCCUCACUGAGGUUCCUGCAGCCUUGAAGAGAUUAGCCAAGUAUGUGAUCCGGGGCUUUUAUGGCAUUGAGCACGCCUUGGCUUUGGACAUCUUGAUUCGGAACCCCUGUGUGAAAGAGGAGGAUAUGCUGGAACUGCUCAAGUUUGAUCGGAAACAACUUCGAUCGGUUUUGAAUAAUUUAAAGGGAGAUAAAUUCAUCAAAUGCAGAAUGAGAGUAGAGACUGCUGCAGAUGGAAAAACCACUCGCCAUAACUACUACUUUAUCAAUUAUCGUACUCUUGUUAAUGUGGUAAAAUAUAAAUUGGACCACAUGAGAAGAAGGAUUGAAACAGAUGAGAGAGAUUCCACCAACCGCGCUUCCUUCAAAUGUCCUUUCUGUAGUAGUACUUUCACAGACUUAGAAGCUAAUCAACUUUUUGAUCCCAUGACAGGAACUUUCCGCUGUACUUUUUGUCAAACAGAAGUAGAAGAGGAUGAGUCAGCAAUGCCCAAAAAAGAUGCACGCACACUUUUGGCAAGAUUUAAUGAACAAAUUGAACCUAUUUAUGCACUACUUCGAGAGACAGAGGAUGUGAACUUGGCUUAUGAAAUACUUGAACCAGAACCCACAGAAAUCCCGGCCCUGAAGCAGAGCAAGGACCGUGCAGCAGCUACUGCUGGAGCUGCUGGCCUGGCCAGUGGGCACCACCGGGAAGCAUGGUCCACCAAAGGUCCCUCCUAUGAGGACUUAUACACCCAGAAUGUUGUCAUCAACAUGGAUGACCAAGAAGAUCUUCAUCGAACCUCCCUGGAAGGGAAAUCUGCCAAAGAGAGACCCAUUUGGUUGAGAGAGAGCACUGUCCAAGGGGCAUACAGUUCUGAAGAUAUGAAAGAAGGUGCCAUGGAUAUAGACUCAUUUCAGGACCGUGAAGAUGGCCGUUCAGGUCCGGAUGACAAUGAGGAGGUCAUGCGAGCCCUCCUCAUUCAUGAGAAGAAGACACCCUCUACCACGGCUGGUUCUGUGGGAGCGGCUGCUCCUGUCACCACGAAUAAUGGAAGUGACUCGGAGAGUGAAACCAGUGAGUCAGAUGAUGACUCUCCGCCCCGUCCGGCACCUGGGGCUGUGCACCAUCGGGAAGACGAUGAGGACGAUGAUGAGUUUGAAGAAGUGACAGAUGACCCUGUUGUCAUGGUGGCUGGCCGUCCGUUCUCUUAUAGCGAAGUUAGCCAGCGACCAGAGCUGGUGGCCCAGAUGACACCAGAGGAGAAGGAGGCAUACAUAGCAAUGGGACAGCGCAUGUUUGAGGACCUCUUUGAGUGAACUUUUCCUCCUUUCUCUAAUGCUCAUUUCAAAAAAAAAGGCCUCACCUUGAAGAAAAAUGUUUAAGUGACUUU